AUGUUCCGCAAUUGACAUUUUGACGAUUUUACUGAUAUCAGCUGAUACAUGUCGGCAUCCGAUAAGAGGUUAAAUAGCGCAUCAUAGACAUCGACAAUUAUUCAAGAUUUUUGUGAAAACUGAAAUAAAACGUUCAACAAAAGGGAAUAAGGAGAAAAAAUUUGUCCAUUGUGUCCUACAAAGACAAAUAAAAGGAAUAUAUCAGAGAUGAAGUUUCUUUCUGGUCAGACAAAACUGCAUUGUAUGUGUAAAUAAUAACCGAAAUCAGUUUGUGAAAAGAACGAAUUACGUUUUGCAUCCAGUUUUCAAGUUUUUUUUUCUUUUUUGAGAGUAAUGUUACUCUAUUCUCGCAAAACAAAUUGGAAUCUAUCGUAUACGUUUACAUUUAUGACGUAUCGCAAAUAAGAAUGUAAAUGAUGCUACAAGCUCGUUGGGAACGUUCUCAGAAACGCAAGAAACUCUUAGCCCAAACGCUGGGAGUUUCUAGCGUGGACGAAUUGCGACAAAUUUUGGGAACAGAUGUGGAGGAUACGCAAAAAAAGAGAGGCAGACUGUCUAAUGAUAAAUCCGACAAUGCAAUCAAAGAUCUAAAAGAUGAUGCAACUCCAACGGAUGAGAUUGUAUACAAGGAUUCUUCCACAUUUUUAAAAGGAACACAAUCGUCAAAUCCACACAAUGAUUACUGUCAACACUUCAUUGAUACUGGCCAACGGCCACAAAACUUUAUCAGAGAUGUGGGUCUGGCAGAUAGAUUCGAGGAAUAUCCGAAGCUGCGCGAGCUGAUCAAACUGAAGGACGAUCUAAUCGCGGAAACCGCGACCCCACCAAUGUAUCUAAAAACAGACCUGCUGUCGUAUAACUUGAAAGAGCUCAAUUGUAAAUUUGAUGUCAUUCUUAUAGAGCCACCUCUGGAAGAAUAUCAAAGAACGUGCGGCGCGACCAAUGUGCAGCUUUGGAAUUGGGACCAAAUAAUGGAGCUCGAUAUUGGUGAGGUGGCCGCCAAUCGGAGCUUCGUGUUUCUGUGGUGCGGUAGCAGCGACGGCCUGGAUAUGGGACGGUUUUGCUUGCGCAAGUGGGGUUUUCGGCGUUGCGAGGAUAUCUGUUGGAUUCGUACAAACAUCAAUAAUCCGGGACACAGCAAAAAUCUGGAUAGCAAAGCGGUGCUGCAAAGAACGAAGGAGCACUGUCUGAUGGGUAUUAAGGGUACGGUACGACGAUCCACUGACGGUGAUUUUAUUCAUGCAAAUGUUGACAUUGAUCUCAUCAUAUCGGAGGAGCCCGACUAUGGAUCUAUCGAAAAACCUGUAGAGAUCUUUCAUAUCAUCGAACAUUUUUGUCUCGGCCGAAGAAGAUUACACCUCUUCGGUCGUGAUAGUACCAUCAGACCCGGUUGGCUAACCGUGGGUCCAGAAUUGACAAAUACGAACUUUAAUGCGGACCUUUAUCAAAGUUACUUUGCCAAUGGACAGAUCACCACUGGUUGCACCGAGAGGAUAGAGGCGCUUAGACCAAAAUCGCCACCACCCAAGGGAAAAGUAUCCGGCCGAGGUAGAGGAGGUUUUAAUCGUGGCAGAGGUAGAGGGAGAUAAAUUAAUUAUUUCAGAAUUCUGCAUUAUACGUCUUUCGGACAUUAUUAUAAUAGAUGGAAAAAUACAAAAAUAAUUACGAAGAUACAUGAGAAUGUCUCUCAUAAAAUAUUCUCCAAAUACCUUAGCUUGACUUAGUUUGAGAAUCAAUCUCUGUUCA